GGAAACCAUCUGAAAAUCCAUGUUAUAGGAGUCUGCAUAAUACAAAUUCAUAGUAUCGGAGUCUCUGCUAUACGUCUACUAAUGAUUCGAACCCGUUUUUGUAGAUUAAAAAUUAAAUAAAUUUUGGUGUACGCACUAUCGAGGCAAAAUGUACGUACUAUCGAGGUACGCCUGUAUUCGAUGUUUUUUCGCGUCCUGACAAGCAAUAAACGGUCUGUUUGAAAAAUAAUUUCAACCAAAUGAAGGAAAAACUAUUGCUUCAUAAUAGUCCCAAAGACAUCAAACAGAUUUGAACCAUAUUUUAAAUUAAAAAAAUCCAUAUUCAAAAGUGUCCAAAGUAGCCCCGCAUGUCAAAAGUAACCCCGCACGACGGUACUACCAAGUUUAACGAGGAAUCCCCUUUGUAAAACUCUUAAUUUUUUGUCAGUCUUCUAUCAGCCAUCGGGGCGUUAUCAGCGAGAGCAUAAUGAUUUGUGCUAACAUGAAAGUAGUUCUGCUCGUUGCCUUAGUUCAGUUCUCAGCAGCAUCCAGAUCAAACCACGGAAAUAAUGUUAACACAUUUGAAGCUACCUACGGCUGUUUGCAGUAUAGCACAAACCAUGGUAAUGAAUAUGCUCAUCCGUACUAUUCUACCGCAAAAUUUGAAAACCUGAAAGUCACAACAGGAAAUGUUACAUAUAUGCGGAUGGGAGUGCUCGCUCGGAACGAUGGUCACAUUCGUCUAUCACCGAUUGAAUAUCCCUACGACAAAACCGAAAUGAAUGAGAUUGUGCUUUCCGGUUGGGCCAAUACGGCCAUCGAAAUUCGACGGUACACUCGGACGGGCCAUAAGACCCGGAUUAAUAAUCGUGUGCUCUUGCACAUCAGAAGCGACGGGCUGUUGUCGGAGUUUAGUCCAAUGAUGUUCACGAUGUCUAUCGAUACGCAUGGAAAUGUGCGGCUCGUUAAAGAUGGCGACGAAUAUCCUUUUGUCGAGUUUAAAGAUCCAAAGAUAUCGUUCAAGUAUAUAGGGUUCUGCAACUGGGGUGUUCCGGCAAUAUACUUCUUCGACUGUCCAUUCGAGGUGGAUCGAAGGAGGUGUGAGGGAAUUGCGUUUACCUAAUUGCUGGACUGUAGCGAUUUGCGAUGCUGGACUGUAAGUUGCACUGAUUCUACUCAAAUAUAGACACGAAUGUUAGCGAUAAUAUUUGAGAAAAUAGAAUGACAAUCCCCACGGCUAUUUCAAAUGUUUAUACGCUACACAUUCGAAAAGAUUUAAAAUCAUUAAACAAGAAAAAAUGUCAAUGCGAUUAAUACUACCUAUGUACAGCAUGAAAGAAACUUACAUUUCUCAUUUAUGAAAAGCUUCCAUUUCGUUGAACUAAGGUCAUCGGUAAUAAAACGAAAACCAAGAAUAUGCCGACUGGACAACCGAUUUCACAAUGAUAUUAAUCGGUUGCACUUUCAACUACAGCGUGCUCAAUCCUCGCGGCAUCGGCAUUAAUUUACCCAGCACCUGUGACCCGCAUGGUCAGCGGCGAAGGAUUUUGUUUGAAUGUUAUUGAAACGACAUUUAAAAUACGACAAGCUCUACACAUAAAAUCGAUCGUAUUCAUCAUGAUGGAUUACGCUAAUGAAUAUGAGUAUGAUUUAUUAAGCUUUCCAUUUUUAUAAGCCGGCAUUUAAUUACGACUAUAUCUACCGAAGUUCAUUGAUCCCCGGUCCAGUUGAACUCGAUCUUUAGGUUGUCCCCAAACGCAAUCUAUCUUUUGAUCCAACCCGCAUUCCCAUCAUUCAUUCGUUCAUCAAUGCAAACAAAUAUCCAUCCCGAAGUGUAAACAGCACGCAUCAAGGGACCAAUUUGUUCAAACUGGUUCGAGUGAUAAAGGAAGCGCAAGUUUGAGAUUGACGCAGUCAGUCGGUCAAUCGCAUUCCCACGCAAUUCAACACCAACAGCGUUCCAAGUGUAUUCCGCCAGCUGGCAAAGGGGGGCACGCAUUGCAAAUAAUUAUCCGAAUGGUAGGGGCGAUCAAUGAAAUUCUUGUUCGAUCCAACUAUGGAUGGGAUUAGUCUUUCUUACAAAUUAAAACUAAGUUCCGCCAAACUGUUGAUUAUUGGCAAAAGUAUAUGCAAUAUUCUCCGUAAAAAUGUAAUUCGGCACGUAGGUAUAUUUUAAAUAUCCGUCAUAAAAACAUUGUAUUUUUACAAAUGAACUUCAUUUCUACGCUCAUGAGCGGCUAUUGGAACACGAGCGGCUACUGGUAUACUGAGCGUAUUAUAAUACUCGGUUUGCAGCUGCAGCUCUCGUUGGGACCUGUUAUUCACGGCAUUUUUUGAGGAUUUGCCAUACGGUGAAAAUCUGGUCCGUUGUCGACCGGCCGCCGAUAAAACCGGCUUGGUAAGUUCCCACGAACUCAUUUAUUCUACAGGGGAUAGACAAAAUGAUCGGGACAGGCAAAAUUUUCACUUUCCAAAAUAUGUUCAACUAGCUGUAACUUUUCGAAAAGUGCAUCAAAUAUUCUCAAAUUUUUACUGUAAGCUCUUCAACUAGUUGUGUAUCAGUGGACAAAAUUUGGAAAAGAUCGGACAAUUCUUCACGAAGUUAUAAAGAUUUUUGAAAAAGAUAAAAUUAUCCGAUAGCCAACUUUGAGCUGCUAUAUCUCCGGAUUCAAUGAACCGAUUGCAAUGAAAUUUUGAACAUUCAUGACUUAUAUAAUGAGCUUUGGAAAACAUUUAACUUAACUUGAAAUUUUAAACAAGCGAAAAAGUUAUAGUGAUUUUAUUUUUUUCACGGUUUUUUAGUAAAUUGGUCAAUUUUUAAUAUACAUCCCAUUACUUUUUCAAUUUUUCGGCGGUUACGUUGUUACUUUCCUUCAAAACGCAUUUAUAUAUAAGUCAAUUAGAGGGAAACUAAAUGAACUAUAAUUUGCAUCUUGAAUUUUGAAACGAUGUUGAUGUUUUGGAUAAUUUGGUGUUUUUUUAGAAAAAUAAUCUAAUCGUUAUAACUUUCUUCCGUGUUAAGAAUAUUAAGUUAAGUCAAUGGUUUUUCAUAGCUCAUUAUAUAAGUCAUAAAUGGACAAAAUUUCAUUGCAUUCGGUUCAUUGAAUCCCGAGAUAUAACAGCUCAAAGUUGGCUAUAGGAUAAUUUUA